AAAAAACCGCGUAAGCUACGGUUGAUUGCGAGAAUCUCGUCUCGUAGGAAUUUCUGGUUGUCGCAAAAGUGCGCGAUAUAAAAACCGAUGAUGAAAUCGCUCGUGUGCUACUUGUUUUGCGUGGCGAUUAUCGGUUUUGCAAUCGCAUUGCCGACAAGCAGAACUUCCGUCAACGUGAUACAUCCCGUCGUGCCUGAUAUAGUUAGAACAACGAAUCAAGACUUGUUACGGCUCUACGAAUCGUCGCAGGAUCCAGAAGUCCGUCCCGGUUUGUUCGAGGGAGAUAUAGCUGUGACCAGCGAGUAUUUCGAUUACUGGCGCGUCGGUUUACGCUGGGACGUUUUUCCGGACAAACUGUGGGAAAAUAGGACAGUUCCUUACGUAAUCAGCGCUCUGUAUGAUACAGCGGACUACGUGAAAAUAUAUAAAGCCGUAACAUAUAUAAAUUACAUGACAUGUAUAAAGUUCGUUCCAUGGGACGGUAAAGCCAAGGACUUCUUGCUGAUUUGGCCGAUAAUAUACCCCAAAGGGUGCUGGUCAUUCGUGGGGAAAUUCGGUGGAGCUCAGAUACUCUCCCUGGAACCGCCGGAUGAAAAGGGGUCGAAUUGCUUGGAAAACGAAGGGAGAGCGAUACACGAGUUGAUGCACGCCCUCGGUUUCUUCCACGAGCACAGUCGCGCCGACAGAGACAUGUAUAUAGACAUACAUUACGAAAAUAUCAUUCCUGGAUUUCGAUCCAACUUCAACAAGCAAUCGCCGGAGAACGCCACGUAUAGCUACGAAUACGGAUAUGAUAGUAUAAUGCAUUACGGAAGCCAUUUCUUCAGCGCGGACCCUACGAAACCGACUCUAACGCCGAAAAUACCCGGCGUCGCAAUCGGCCAGCGAAAAGCGAUGAGCAAAAUCGACUGUCUGAAGCUGAACGAUCUCUACGGAUGUUUAGACAAACCGGAAGAAGCACGAAUAUAUCACAAUAUUUGCAAAACGUUAGGAUUGUAAAUUUAUACCCAUAACUGAUAAUUUAUAGAUACAAUAUUAUUAAAUGUAAUUUUUGAGGUGAUAGAGGACUAAACUUACAGAGGUGAAGAAAUACGAAUUGAUACACAAUCUACUUUAUAAUUUAUUAUAAAAGUAUUUAUAUCAUAACAUUUUAAGGCUCCUGUUCACUCAUUUGUCAUCUUGAAUUGAUAACGUUAGAAAAUAUAUCAUGAAAAUUCUUGCAACGAAUAAAAAAUAUUGUUUGUAAUCGAUAGAACAGAUUUUUAAAAUAUACCGAAAACUUUCCCUCUAAAAUGUAA